AUUGAACAAAUCAUUAUCAAAGGAUUGUUAGUAUAAUGAAUUUAAUGAAUUUAACUUGAUACUUCAUUAUCAGUUUUUAAGGAAAAAAUUUAAACUGUGCGAAAAUAGAACGCAUUAAAACAAGCGAACAAGCGAACAAACAAAUAAACGGAUAAUUAAACAGAAUAAGUUUGUAGAAAGAUUAAUUUGAAUUUUGUAUUGUAUUGUCUACGUACAAAUUUAAAAUUAUUCAAAACAAAACAAAACAAAACACCAACCACAACAAUUAAAACAAUGUAUAGUCAAUGUUCAAUAAAAUUUUUAAUGUUAAAAUGGAUUUACAAAAUUAUAUUAUGCUUUAUUUUAAUUCAUACAAUUCUAAUUUCAACACAUGGUGGUAUUGUAUCAUUUUGUUCAGAGCCUGAAACAAUUUGUACAGUAUUUCGUCCAUGUUGUGGAAGAGAUUGGGUAUGUAAUCGUAAAAGUUCCGCUACUGGGAAAUGUGUUCAAUGUGCACAAGCUAAUCGACCGUGUAUUCAUGCAAAUGAUUGUUGUCGUGGUGUAUGUAUUAAAGGUUCAUGUAAAUUAAUGAGAUUUUUUGGUGAAGAAUAAUUGAAUAAUUGAAUGAUUGUUUGAAUGAAUGAUUGAAUAAUUGAAUGAAUGAACAAAGCAUUAACAACAAAGCAUCUUUUUUCUCAUUUACACACAGAUUAGAUUUUAUUUCUUUGCAUUUUUUUUUGUUUUUGGUCAGAAAAAAAAAUUUAUGGAUA